AUGUACACUGAACUGAAUACUGAACACGGAACACAUGAUCAACCAAAGCGUACGGAUGACAUGGACAGUUUUAAGGACGGAGUGGUUCGGCCAAGAGAUAAAUUUGGCUUCGUUGCACCUUCUUGGAACUACCACAGUAAUGAAGCGGGUACUGCGGAGAACAACCACGGUACCACAUUGGCAGAUCGCCAUUUGAUCGGUUCCUAUCGCGGCGCCGCCAGGGAUUUUAGUCAGGUACAAGAUUCACGAAGAAGCACGAGUUCCACAAAAGAGGAUGGCUUGAUUUAG